GUUCCAACUCGCCUCGAGAUACCAGUUCACCACUGUGAUGGCGGAUUUAAGCUCCAUGAUCGGGCAGUUCUCGCCAACAUGUUCUAACCAGUAGCAAGUUACAGCCAAUAUUUCAGCCUCACAGGGUUUUCAGCUUACGCUCUACUUAAAGGCUUCCAUAGCGCUAUGUACGGCUCCUGCCAACAGCCAACACAACUGACUUGCGAGAAUGUCAACUCCCAGCCAAAUCCCCGAUGGCGUCAGUCCUGGGGCGCGCAAGAUUGAUACUCGCCCGGCUUAUAUCGAUCCUGUCCCACAGCAUGUAGUAAACCGAGACUUCCAAAACGCCAUAAAUUAUACAAGUCAAGCCGGACCAUCUCGGAACACUCCAUCUAGGCCACCAAUAACAUGUGGUUCAUCGAGAGCUGGUGUCGAAUCGGGUAGUUGGCCAAUAGAGAAUCAGCCAUCAGUGCCUGUCGUUAUUUUUCCACCUACGUACCCAACGAGUAGGAGAACACUAAUACUUCGAGAUACCUCUUCUACUUCUUCUCCUGUAGAUCCAAUUCCAAGCUCCUACAGUCCUCGGAAUCAGGACCGGUCGGUGGCGACAAUUCAGCCAGUAGGCAACCCCGGACGUUACGGCGAUACUCUGCCACGGCGCCAAAUCCAAAGGGUCACAUCGAUGCCUUUGAUCACCACCUCGAUGUCAGUAGGGAGCGCGGCUGGUUCUAGAAGGAGCUCCACUCGUCCGACUGGACAACCUAUAUAUGACACGCCUCGAAAGCCCUGCGUUACUCGACCGCGACAAAAAGCGAAGCAGCGGAUGAUUGAGCCAGUUCCAGAUCACAGUGACGGUGAAAGUAAGGCGGAAAGGUGCCAGUCAAGACGUCUUUCCUUCCAGACCGAAAGUGAGGGAGACGACAAGGAGGAGGUCGUGGAUGUCGAUGACGAUAAUUUUAGCGACGACGGCGCCGCCUCCACACCUCUUACAAGUCUAACUACCCGAAAAGCAGAGGCACGAAACCUAUCAUACUCAACAGACCAUGAGGCGCCCGUUCCUCGCCAACGAGGACGACCACUUACCCGAGCAUCAUCCUGCCUAACACUGCGGUCAGGACCUAGUCCCCUCGACGCAGUGCUAUCUCAACUACCCACCACAUCCAUAGACAUGUGGUACUGGAUCCUGGACCUCUGCAACCAAAUAAUCUACGAAUUCGACAGCCACGACGUCACACAAAGCGACUACGCCAUACCCAAAAGAACAAAAAAACGCGCCUUCAAAGCGUACGAGCGCGCCAUCCUGAAGCGCGACACCGCACGCGCACAAGCAGAAGACUUAAAGAACGAUGUUCAGACAGAUAUCAGGCGCAAGGUGAAGCCCGACGAGGAGGUCAUUAGGGUGUAUUGUUAUGCGCUGCAUAGUUGUCUUCGCGCUGCGGAGUCGGCGCAUGAUGAUCUCACAGGGCUGGACGCCAAGGAGGCGAAGGCACAGGAGAGACGCGAUAAGGAAUGGCAGCGGGAAAAUGAGCAGAUAGUGUCUCGGUUCGAAAAUGACGCUAGGUACGAGAAGAAUAAGAAGGACAGACUGGAUAGGCACUUGACGUCAUGGGGCUUCGUGCUGGACAAGUAUCCGACUUUUCAGAUAUUUUGGAGGGUGAUUCGGAAGGGUAUAUUCGGGAAAUAGGUCGCAGAGAUUGAAGAUCUGUUAAGGUAUGAGACAGUUCAAUGUGUAUGCUGUGUUAUUGUCCGGAAGUGUUCUCAUAUGCUAGUACGAACGAAGUCCGCUUCGGAUUUGAAAUGCAUAUGAACUAAGCGAUGCUGUCAAGGCUCAUGCUUAUUAUAUGCCAUUAUACAAUUGCGGGAAUCCGGAUCUCUGUUAUUCAGUACCGAGAUUAUACGGAUCUGGCCCCCAAAUCAUAACGUUAUCCAUAACACUUGCUAUACCACCAAGCACGACAGGGAGAUGACCACGUUUUCGUGUAU